CUCUCGUGGCGCACCAAAGCAGCGGCGGCAACACACUCUCGAUCUCCUCCUCGCCAUUUCCGACGACUUUACCUCUGCCUUCUACCUUCGCUGUUACUGUUACUGUUGCCGUCACCGUGUCGGUCGUCCAACCGAACUCGAAGCCAACCUCUGCUCUCUCAGUACACCAUAUACAUGCCAUUAGUUCGCACUGGCGUUAUGCGCCGGUGUGUUCGUGUGACACAAGCACGCGACGUGCCGUCCCAUUACAACCAAAACCGUUCGAAUAUUAAAUGAGGAGAACGAUAGAGUACAGUCUCACGUUUUAGAGUUUUAACGUUUUCAAAAUGUGCAUCGUUUGCAAACAGUUUUUGUGUAGAGGGUGAAUAAAAAUAAGAACGUGAAAUAGACACUUUUUGACUUUUUAGUGCUGGUGUACUAUAUUGUUGUGGUGAAGGAUUUGGAAGAAAUCGGCUAAGAGCUAUGAUGGUUAAUGGGGUGAAUAUACGUGGAAAUAGUAGAUUGUCCAUCCACUGAGUUGAUGCCCGGUAUCCUCAGUGCUCUUGAUCGCAUAUUAGACAAGAGUAAACCCGACGAAGACCAUCAGUCAACUCAGGAAGAUAGGAAACCUUUAGCCUCACCAAGACGUAUACAAAAAAGUAACAACUUUGCCCUCUCGUUUAACGUGCAAAAAAUCCUCUCGAACGUAGACCAAGAAACUGUAAAUCCUUCAGAAGAUACACAACUUAAAAGAAACACUCCAAGAUACGGUUCGAAGAGAUUCUUAUCAGACAAAGUAGUAUAUAAAAGUAACGAGAACUUGGAAAUCAUUCCGUCGGUGCAGAAAAUGUUGUCAAAUCUUCCGGAUGCAGAUCUGGUGAUACCAGCCGCUGAAAAGAAGGUGCAAAGAAACAAUUCAUUUCUGCACGCCGCGAAGUGCGAGGAUAGGACGAACGAAGUGGUUGAAAACGGUGCGUGCCACGAUUUAAGACAGUGCAGUGUAGAGAAGAUUAACGGUGAAAACGCGACGAAAAAAUGUGUUGAAGGCGGUAACGAGGGGAAAAAUCGGAAUGGUUACGACGAGGAUACAAUUACAGGACUAAAAAGUGAUAUUGGCGAAGGAUUUUCAACUCUGCCGUCGAAACCGCUUGGAAACUACAAACAUACAUCCCCUUCCGGUAUUGCUUCAAGAACUCCAGUUGGGAGAAAAAACAUGGGGAAAUACUUACAGGUUCCCAGUGAAAGUAGUGUCGGAACAAAUAGUACAACAUCAUCGGAAGUAUCCAGGCCUGUUUCUUUAACAAGUUUAGGAUCCUGCUCUUCAAGUGGAAGUAGUGGACCCCAUCUUCCAGGUUCUGUUUAUCAAGCUUCCGCAGAAAGUUUGGACAGUGACCCGGAACCAUCCGGAAUUCAAGGAUCGGCAGACAGCGGUAUAGCUGAAGAUCCGUCUACAAACUUCAAUAGGAAAGAGCACGACGUCGUAGCUGAGAUCAUAGAUACCGAAACCAAGUACGUCGAGGAUCUGCACAAAGUCAUACAGGAUUAUUUACAACCAUGGAAAUCCAACCCAGAUUGUUAUUUACACGAUUACAUCCCAAAACUCUUCAGCAACUUGGAGGAUAUUUACGAAUUUAAUAGUUCUUUUUUGGAGCAACUUAGAGAAGCUAAACUGGACCCUUCAGCCACCGCUAAAGUAUUCAUAAACAACACAGGUUUUUCAAUUUACACGGAUUAUUGCACCGAUUAUCCAAAAACCAUAUCAGUUUUAACCGAAUUAAUGGGAAACGAUGAAUCGGCGAAGUACUUUAAAGAAGUACAAAUGGAAAAGCACCACGAUUUACCUCUAGGAUCAUAUUUACUGAAGCCUGUUCAAAGGAUAUUAAGAUAUCGAAUGCUUUUAGAGAGGUUAUCAGAACGAUGUGAGUCAGACCACAAACCCGUUGUAGAUUUAGCGUUAACAACAAUGACCGGUGUGGCAGCUCACAUCAAUAACAUGAAAAGAAAACAUGAAAUUGCUAUUAGGAUCCAAGAAAUUCAAUCCCAAUUGUAUGGAUGGAGCGGGCCUGAUCUUACAACUUUAGGAGAAUUAAUCGCAGAGGGAACGUUUAGGGUCGGAGGUGUGAAAGGAAGGAGACACGUUUUUUUGUUUGAUAAAUUAUUAUUAAUGACUAAAUGUAAACAAGACGGAAAUUUUACUUAUAAAUCACAUAUAAUGUGUUCAAAUUUAAUGUUGGUUGAACAAGUAAGAGGAGAACCAUUGAGCUUCCAUGUAUUGCCUUUUGAUAAUCCACGAUUACAAGUAACGCUAAGAGCGAAAUCAUUGCAACACAAACGAGAAUGGACGGGACAAUUAAAAAGAGUUAUUAUAGAAAAUUAUAACGCGGCGAUUCCUAAUCACGCUCAACAAUUGCUGAUGCAACUUGGACAAGAUUUACCAGAAAAAGAAGAAACUCCAGAGAUGUGGACCCCAUUAAAAAAACAGUAUUCAACCCCUCAUUAUUUAGAAAGACGUAGUCGAGUACGUCAAUCUCGUGAUCUCUCAUCAAGAAGAGCAGCAUCUCACGAUCGUUCCUUCCCAUCUUUGGGAAAUUGGCGUAGAAAAUCCGAACCGAAUGUAGUGCAACAGUACGAUAAUAAAACGGUCCCUUCGCGAAUUUCCAAAUUGAAAAAAGCCAAAGAGAGUACUUCGACGUUUUACACCGAUCUCUCAGAUUCGGAAACCUGCGAAAUCAACGACGUUCACCUCGAAAUCGCCGAAGACGGUUCGGAUUAUUCACAAACGUCUAUAAACACGACGAAUACACAACAAGAAGGGAACGAGAGCAUCGAAAAUUUAGUAACGGGUAUUAUUAUGGAACACGAAGAAUUUAAUAAGGUGAUGAAUAGGAAAAAAAGAGUGCUAAGAGAAAGCGAGACUGAUCCGAAUAUAUGUUUGAAACAGGAUAAAGAUCCUGUAACAAGUAAGGCUGAUUCAUUACCCAGAUCUUUUCAAUUAAACGACCAAAUCGAUGGACCUGGAAACGUAUCAGGACGAUGUAUUAAGAAUACGGACGUUAUUUUAGAACCAGAAGCAUCCAUAUCAACACAAUUAGACAAUAACGAUCACCCUGAACACAAAAUAUACAGGAAAUCGACAAUAAGACUUAGUUUAAUACAAAAAUAUCACGCUAUAAAAGAACGACAUCGAAGAUCGAGUUCAAAACAAGCAUCAAAGGCAGCGAUAGGAGCGAGAAUAGCAAAUCCGGAUUACGAGGAUCCGCAAAAAAUAUUCGCCAGUAUGAAUUCUCUCAAUCAAUCGACGAUAAGUAUUGCAUCGAGUAAAACGGAAAGUGAAGAUAUCGAUUUUGAAGCACCCGAAGAAUUGGAUAUGACGAUAAACGAGCACGAAGUACUUACGGAAUUUGAUAGACGACUACGUGAAAAUGAAUGUAGCCGUUUUAGUUGUACGGUAACUGCCGUUUCUAGUCAAAGUAUAACCGAGAUAUCGACGAUUUUAUCCCACAACAGUAAUACGGUGACGCGAUCAAGUUCUGAAAUUCUAAAUUCUAGUCAAAAUAGCGACGAUAGUUACUACGAAAGUAUAUUGGAGAAGAAUUUGAAUGAUGAUAAUGUUGAGAGGUGUGACAGUUUUAGGGUUUCGGGUGCUUCUAGACCGGAAUUUUUAAAGAAAAAUAUCGUACGAUGUAGUUCGACGAAUAAUAGUCCGUUAUUUGAGAGAAAAUCUUUACAACGACCAACGAAAGCUCCUCCACCUAUUCCAGCAAAACCUUUGAAAUUUACGACCAAUACGGAGCUAACAAAUCAAAGUACGUUGAAGAGUACAAAUACCAUAAAAAGUAACUUUUUAGAAUCGACGGCGACGACGGAAUCGUUUUUGAAUGGAAACGCGAGACGAUCGCAAUCGAAAGGUUGGGUAAAAACUGUGGUCGGACGGUUCGAAUGAUAUUUAAAGAACUGUUAAGCUUUAAUCACUUCAAUAACGAUUUCCAUUGUGCUAUAUUUAUGGCUGUUGUUUUAACUCACUUAAAUAAGAAAAUUCUGUUUUAUAGAAUUUUAUUAUCGUAUACUGUGUAUUUUUUUAAACGUAUCGUUAUCGUAGAAAGGAACAACGCGAUUCGCGGAGAUAUGUAAUAAUAACUAUUAAUAUAUUAAAUAAAUAUUACUAUCCAGA